GUUUUGGUAACAAUUAAGAGAAAUUGGGCUGGUCUACCUGGAGAUGGUCACGCUCUAAGUAAAUAAGUUACCCUUUUAGGCUGACCUGUAACGCGAUUGGGGCUGUGAUUGGCCAAUUUAAGGUGUGGCCCAAGCUUAUGCAUAAGAUCUCAAGACGCGGUCCUGAUUACUACUAGACUGACACGCCAAAAAAGGGCCCCACUAAUGCAUCUAUUACUCCAGUACCAGCCUCUACUCUUUCUCUUUUCCCUUCCCUAACCCUAAGUCUAAGCCUAAGCCUAAGACCAAGAUCAUUACCUCUCCAACAUCUCUUCUCUUCUCUUCUCUUCAUUGUAGAUUGUAGAGGGGACUCGUCUCUCGUUUUACUCCCUGUCCCGUCUAUACUACCUUGUAGAAUGCAUAUUUAGAAUCGUCAUUAUCUAUUAGAACAAUGUCCCACUCUACCGCGUCCUCACCUCCCACCAUGCCGCCCGUGCGCGAAGCACGCGAAGCGAGAGGGUCAGUCAGCUCCCAGAGCAGUAACCCGGAUUCGAGCACAAUGUCAUUUGAAUCCUCCUUCAGACUAGAAUCCGGUUAUCCUACACACGACUCCAACACAGAGAAACACCCCAAGGGCAAGCGGAAGAGAACUACGACACAGGAUAAAGCUAUUCUUGAAGCCGCGUACAACUCGAAUCCGAAGCCUGAUAAGGCAGCGCGUCUUGAUAUCGUGAGUCGCGUCUCACUCAACGAAAAGGAAGUUCAGAUAUGGUUCCAGAACCGUCGGCAGAACGAUCGCCGAAAAUCGCGUCCUCUUUCGCCGCAGGAAAUUGCGGCGCUCAGAUAUGGUGGGGGCGUGCAAAUACUGUCAUCCGACUCUAUCCCUGCGCAGAUGAGUUCGCAAGACGCACCUGCGCAGCCGGGGGAGACGCGUGUGGGAGACGAAAAAGCCUUCGAUUCGGAGAAAUCGCCUUUCAGCUCCCAGGACGCGAGCCCUCAGCACUCUGUCCAUUCUUCCCCGAAGCUAAGCGCUAUAGACCAAUCUGUCAUAGAUAAGCUGGCGAUACCAGAGCCUGAGGACUCUGGAAGACAUACACCGCCCCCGCCCCAGAGGACCGAAUUCGAAAGCCUCUCACUCUCUCAGAUCUCGUCGGCGUCAGUCGCGUAUUUGGCAAACCGACGGAGCUUCGACAACUCUUUCUCAACACCCUCUACCUGGGGACGGGCCGGGGAUGAGUCGUUUAGAUUUGAGUCGUUUUCAUCCUCUUUUAACUCAGCCGCUAGCAGCUCUCCUGCCUCAAUUCUUCCACCGCCUUCCUCGGCAUCUUCAUCUCGCGUCCGUCUAUCACUCUCCCUGGAUGGAAAGGCUGAGCUGAUUUCCUCUCACCCGUCACCACCCACACCCGCCCAGAUGCAAUUACCAGGAGACGCGGAUACGUUACCUCCCGUCCGCAGUCACAGGACCCUCCACAGGAGCCGAAGCGCUCUACCCGGGAUCACUCUCCCGCCCAUCUCAACCCUUACUGCUCAUCUACCUCCACAGCUCACCCGAGGCCGAUCUCGAGACGUACAUGCCUGGGAAUCCUGUUGCGAAGCAGACACUCGUGAUGAGCUAACGAAGCAAGCCGAGAACGAGUCUUCUGGGUCUGCACUCGCAGCUAUUAGCCUUCUGCGAUCGAGCAGCAGCUCCUCUAGUCUUAGCAGUCUACUUCAUAGCCACAGCAUGGCGAACGUGCUCCAGUCCAAUCCUAACAAGCGCAAUGCGCCACAGAACAAACCCGCACACCGAGAAGGAGUAGCGAAGAAGGCUAAACUCAGCCGCACAACUAGUAGCGUGGCACGUAUGCAGACCCUUCCACCUACAUCGCUAUUAGACACUCGACCGGAAACGAUCGAUUUGGAGAAGCCAGGAAAAGGCAGUCUCACCACCAUACUCAGCCCAUCCGGCGAUUCUGACAAGGAGAACUGGAGCCCAAACUCGGAGGGUAACUCUCAUCGCCGACGACCGUUGCCUUCCCCUAAGGUUCAAGCUCAAAUCAUCCCAAGCAAAAACCCUCGUCGCGUGGGACGCCCGCUUGGCGAGCAGGAUAACACGGCCAAACGUUCGCUCUUCGGAAACAGAUCCAACACGGCGCCUUCGCUAAAACCGCGGGAUUCGCCCAUGUCGAUCUUUGAGGAUAAGGAGGGCGCAAAUGGGGACAACGAGCCUAGGAAACUACCACGAGGCUCGGUUAGCCCUACUAAGCGCGGAGACCUAGACUGUGUGGCUGGACUGCUGUCGCUGAGUCAGGGGAACUGGCGCUGAAAAGCUGGCCCAGACAGACCCCUCAAGACUCGUAUUCCUUUUUUAAGGCGAGAUAAGCCAAGCUGAACUCUAGUAUCAGAAGUUAUUCCAGUGGCUACUGUAAGCGGAACGGUCUGGAUAUUUGCUAGGUCAUAUUGCAUACCACGCGAAGGAGAAACCACCCCUGGAAAGGAAAUAUGCUCCAACUUGUUUGUGGAUAGCGGAACUUGGGCCUCUAAAGAGGAGAAAUGGAUUGAUUGUUUGACCGGAGUUUUCGGUUAGGCGGGUAGGAAAAGAAAAAAAAAAGGCGCGGGCGGCUGAAGGAAGGAAGAUUCUAAUCUCUACCUGGUCUCCCGCGAGCCGGUUGGCGUAUUCCCUCGUCUUUUCUAAGUGGCGUGGCGUGCUUAGUUAGGCUAACCCACCGCGUGGAGGGGAACUACAUACAGGUGGCGAUGGUGAUGGCGAUGGUAGUUUUCCGAGUUCGUUGGUGGGCUGGGAAGGAGUAGGAGUAGGUGUUGUUG